UGCACUGCCAUAUUGAUUAUGGGCACAAUGUUCUGUCAAACACAGAUCGUCGCAAUCACCCAGUCUUGAUCCACUGCAAUAAGGGAAAACAUAGAGUUGGCUGUAUGAUCGGUUGUCUGCGAAAGGCGCAGAAGUGGUCCAUGAUUUUCUCGUUCGAUGAAUAUCAACGCUUCUCUGGUACCAAGGUCCGUAUCUUAGAUCAGCAGUUUAUUGAGCUCUUCAACAUCGACACCAUCGCAAUCGACAAGAGGAAACAAUUAGCCGAUUGGUGA